UGGACGUGAUAUGAAUUGUGAAGCGUACAGCAAAUGAGCUAAGACAGCGACAAACCGCACAGCACUGCAGACAGUUUAGCACUGCGGUGCCGCUACACCAAACACAACUGUCUCCGUCGGUGGAUAACGGACAACAUGCCCUCUCCUAAAGCUAAAAGCUCCGGCCGCAGCAGCGGAGGAAGCCCGGUGCUCGGCAGCUCCAACGGCCGCUUCGAGUUCACGUCGCUGACGCGGUCGUUGAACCGGUCCUCGCCGCCGCACCUGCAGCGGCAGGGCUCAGACCCGAACACGGCCCGGCUCCGAGCGUCCGAGAGCCCCAACAGACGCAGGGGCUCCAGCUCCUCCACGGGCUCGGCGAGCGGCCAGGGGGCACCGGAGGAAGACGGCAUACGGCUCAACCCCUCCUUCAUCCGCGUAGCGCUCGACUCGCUGCUCGCCAUCGACCUGUGGCUGUCCAAGCGGCUGGGGGUGUGCGCCUGUGAGGACUCGUCCUGGGGCAGCGUGCGCCCCUUGAUGAAGCUCCUGGAGAUAUCGGGGCACGGCAUCCCGUGGCUGGCCGGCACCGCGUACUGUAUGUACAAGAGCGACAGUGCUGCGGGACAGGAAGUCAUGCUCAACCUUUUCAUGGGCCUCCUGCUGGACAUCAUCCUGGUUGGCAUUGUUAAGGCGGUGGUACGUCGGCGUAGGCCGGCACACAACCGCAUGGACAUGUUUGCCACCUUCUCUGUGGACAGCUACUCUUUUCCCUCUGGCCAUGCCACUCGUGCCGCCAUGUGUGGGCGGUUCCUGCUGGCCCACCUGGUGCUGGCUGCCCCGCUGAGGGUCUUGGUCCUGCUGUGGGUGGUCCUGGUGGGGGUCAGUCGAGUACUUCUGGGCAGACACAAUGUGACUGACGUGAUCUUUGGGUUCUGGAUGGGCUACUGCCAGUACAACCUGGUGGAGAUACUGUGGCUCUCUCCUCAAACUCUGCAAGGGCUGCUGGGACAGUUGGCUUAAUGUUAAGGACUGCAGGCGGAGGAGACAUGGUGGUUUAUAUCUUGAUUGUAAGUGUAUGCCUGCACACAUUUUUCUCUUUUAGACUGAUAUACAUGAAAGAUCACUGUUUGAGUAGAGGGGAGAACUGUAUCAAACACAUUUAGCUAAAAUUCACCUCCACCUCAAAUGUUUUAGUAACUAGUUUGUAAUUGGUAAUACAAGAUUUUAAUCACAAGAGACCAAAGGACACAGAUGUGAUCACGUUACCUCCAGAAGUCACUUCACUGACAAUGAUCACUGAGCCUAAGAAUCAUUGAUGAAAUUUGACAUUUACAGCAUGAGGAACUAAAAAUUACAUCUGCAGCACACCUGCAAUUUCAACUUACACCUUUAGGUUUCGCCAAAGAGCAACACUUUAAACUACAACUGCUGUUACUAAGCAAAUAUUUAGUGCGAUCUGUGAGCUUUGCUCAGUGGAUCUGUCUAGACCCCACCUGUAAUAGGACAGCAUGAAGGAAAACUUCAAUAAUUCAUAUUAACUAUUUACUUUGAAAAAAAUAUAAUACAAAUAUGGUUUAUCAAUUAAUGCAUAAUCCAACAGUUAUAUGCAGUAAAUGUGAAACUCAAUAAUAAUAAGUGGAUCAAAGAAAUCUGCAUAAUUUCGAUUUAUACUUUAGUUAAUUCCAAGUCUUCCUGCUGAAAUACCUAGUGACACCUGUAUUUAAUGGUUGGGAUUUGAAUACACGUAAGAAAGGCUCCAGGAAACCUGAAAUGUUCAUGGGAGAAAACUAAUCCAUGUGUCGACACCUAACCCACGUCUAUAGGACCAUUUCUGGAAACUGAUACAGAUAUUGGGUGGUGUUGUCAGAGUCCUUACUUUUUCACAGAAGACUUUUAUUUUGUCUUGUUGAGACCAAUGAUCAGGUAGAUGGUAUUUUGUUUUCAGUGGAUGUUAAUUUCACAGUUUUUUUGUUUUUUUUUGACAGUAUGAUUUUUUUACAGUCUCUGGUUCAUUAAUAAUCAACCAAAACGUCACAUGUGACUGAUAACUAAUCAGCUCUGAUGGAUUACAUGCACUCAACCACGGGGUUAUCAGGUCUUCAACAUAAAUCUCUUACUGCAACUGCUGUACAUGCUCGUCAUAUCAGAUAGGUGCACAGUAUGCAGGUGUUAAGUUUUCUCACUGAAAUACUCUUUUUCUCACACCAUUUAUUUAUUUAAAAAGUUCAUAAUACAUAACUUUGACUCAGUGAAGUCUUAGUGAAAUGCUGGCAAACUUCACUGUAUGUUUGUCUGUAUCAGCGAAGAUUCCUGCAUAAAAAUGGACUUGAGCCUUACGAAGUACAGUGUUACAUACUGUAUAUUUACAUCUUCCUUGUAAAAAAAUAUUCAUGAAACGUGACCUGGAAAAACUGCCAAAAAAUAACUACAGUUUGGGUUCACGUGAUAGUCAAUGAGUUAUGGAUGUGCUGUUUUAAGUAUGUGAUGCAUGAUUAGGGUUUUCAGUUACUUUCACUUGAUGUUGAAUGUUAAAAAAAUAUAUUACAUAUUUGAAGGAGCAAAAAAGGGCAAAACCGGAACAAAUGUUUUCACACAAAACUCUUCAUUCAGAGAGUAGAAGUAGCGUUGCAUUGUGUUUUCUGUUUUCUCAUCCAAAACUAAAUCUCUUUACUGUAAAGUAACAGCAAAUUUGAAUCUAAGAGUUACACUCUGAUACAUCUCUGAUUAUUAUUUACGUUAACAUUUGAUGAGUUUUCGGUGAUCUGACUGCUUUUAAUUUGUGAGUGUUGGGUAUAGAACAAGGUGUUUCUGAGUUUACUUAAAGUUUUGGUGAGGGAAACUUAAUGAAAUGCUUGAAAUACCUGAAAUGUGUUUUAAUUACAGCCUAAGUUUAAGUCUCUCAAGGAAACAAGAAUAGGUGAAGAGCUAGAGCAGUUACCUUUAGGUUUAGCCCAGAACCAGCCACCUGAAAUGUUUUGUUUCGUGAACUCGUAAUUCCUACUGUGAAAUCAUUCCUAAAGAUGCUGUCAUUUAACUGUUUUGAUUUAUUUUGUUUCUUAUUUGCAUUUUUGUUUGUUUGUGGGGAGCAAUAAUUUUAGCCUUAUAGACAAGGAUGUGUAUGAUUAGAUAUAAAUCAGCGCAUGUUUCAAAUGUAUGCAGGUCAUUUCACACAUCAGCAGCAUGACAUCAGGUCUGGGUGAACGAGGACACCUUGUUUAAUUUGUUGCAUAAUAAAGUGGUGUGCUGCCAAGGUUCAUGGACCAGCGAUCAGGACGUAGCAUAUAGGUUUGUAACCUGCUAUGUGACGAGAAUGAAGAUAAAGUUGAUCCAUACAAAAAAAAAGUCUUGCACUUUAAUAUUGUACAUUCCUCAGUUCAUGAUAUAUUUAUGCUGUAUUCCAAUCACUGUCACAAACACUUCUACUCAGUUCUAUGUUCAUAAAGUUAAUAAUCUGUAAAAAGAUUAACAGCCAAGAGUUGAAAAGUGUCAGUCAAUAUUUGAAGAUGGAGUGACCUACUGAACUGAUUCUGAAUAUCUACCACCAUACACUGCGGCCCGUAUGUCAGAACUUUUUUGUUUUUUAACCUAUGUUUAAACAUCCUGCCCUGAGGUGGCUUUUCUGUUCGUCAAUAGCAGCAUGUUUGAUGGUUAAUCCUUUUCAGCGUCAUUUGGAGGGCAGAGGUGCUCCAGGCUGAGUUCCAACAGUUACAGUUAAACCUUAAAUGACGCCAGUGGAUGUCACAACCUAGGUACAUGUUUAACACAUCACAGGGCCCCAUGUCAUUCAAGAAAAAAACAAAAAAGAAAAACGUUUUGCGUAAAUUCAGCAAACCAUGAAAUAGUUUUCUCACGUUCAACUCGAGUGAAGUAGAACUGGAGCUGCAUGUUAAUCCUUACUUUGCUGCCAUGAUGUUUGUAUGGGAUGAGCACAGUUGCUAAUAUGUUUUUUCCAAGGAAAUGAAGUUGCACGGGUUGUGAAGAGAUUUUAAGAGAAGAAAAUGAUGUUGUGCAUGUGUCUCUGCACCCGAUCCAUUCAUUCACUGUUGCUGUGUUCGGGAAAGAGCAGAAAACUGAACAAGUUCAAACAUGUGAGCACUGCCAGAAACUUUUUUUGUGUUUGCUAACCCAUUCUUAACUUAAGUCUUUUCAUUAGAUGCGGAUGUGAAUAUCUGAUUUCCAUGUAAAUGCAUUUAAAACAUGAGUUGUGUCUGUGUGCUUUUUACAAAUAUUGUACUUGACUUUCUGAGAGAUUUAUGACUGUGGCCGUUUUAUGUAGCCUGGGCAGAUUGGCCUGAACCAGAUUCAGAAAUCUGAAAUGAUUCAAAGCUACUUCAUGGACUGUUCCCACUGUUGACAUAUUCCAUUGACUUUGCAAUAAUCCAGUCCAGAGAUCUUCCCAGUGAGAGCCACUGACAUGACUGCUUCCACAUUUUUUAUUCCAUACGUACCAUGUCCAUAUACCUUUUUUUUUAUAUAUAUAUAUAUAAUUAUAUACCAAUCUAAAUCUGACGUGUUGGGUUCCAAGCACCACGUUCCGUUUACUUUUUUUGCCAUUGUUGUUAUUAUUACAUCUGAACUGUGUCUGGAGACUACACCAUUGCAGAUGAAACGGUGAAACUUUAAUCUCCAGGUGCAGUUGUUGUAACUACACCUGAACAUAUAGCUGAAACCUAAAUACACAGCAAGGGUCUCUCUUAGGUUAAAAUCCACAGCAUAUAGUAACUAAAUGGUAUAUACCCAUCACCAUAACAUUCAGACUCCUUAUCUUUCUACACUAACUACGCAAUAAAUAAUAGGCUGGCAGACUACUUUAAAAUUUUCUUUAAAAACAAAUACUCUGAUUCCUCGAGAGUCGCUUUACUUUAUCUAAGAAACCAAUUAAAUACCAUGCACGUUGGCGCUUGUUUGGGAGCUGCCAAGCAUGACGCUGGAUAUCAAACUGCAGGUUAAUGUCUUAUUAGAUAAUGCUCUUGGUUUCCUGACUGUUGCUGAGGCUCCAGUUUUGAACCACACAGGUGGUCUUGCGUUGCGUUUGUGUCGCUCCCAGUCUAAAUCUCGUGGGAAUAUUCCACUUGGAUUGUGUGUCUUUUGUUAAAAAUUUGCAGCGGUGCUUGGAUCCUGUUACGUUUGAUUGCGGUUGUGGUUAUGAUUGACAUUUUUGUGUCACAUAUUUAUUCACAGUUUUUAGAAAGGCGUCCAUUAGAGAAAAUGACUUCUAUACCAUCUCUUCUUGCACAUGAUCAAGAACUACUGUGACGUACUAUAAAUGAUAUUGUAAUCCAGUCGUAUUUACUUGAUGCUGUUAUAUGAUAAUAUAUAGUAUGUCUGUAUAUUCAUGUGAUUGCGUCAUGUUGUGUUCACUGAGUUUGAAUCUGCUGUUAAAUACUCCCUGGGAGCUUAUUCAGGAUUGUAUGGACUUUUAAUUAAAUGGGGAACAAAUGUGAA